CAACGGACCAAUAGGCGGGGCUUAAAAAACAUGGCUACGUUUUGUGUGCAAGUAAAGAAUUACCCAUAAGUUUACAUUGAAUUAGUGUUAUAAAUUUUAUUUAUUUAUGUUUUCUAUAAACGAACUUUUUGACUGGGCUGGAUCAAAUCUAGCUCAGAAAAAUUAUAAAAACGCAGAACAAAUUCUGGCAGCUGGUCAUUUAAUAAGAUGUGGUAAGAAUAUUGAAAAAGUAAACAGUGACGUUGUGAGUUUUACAGCAUUGUGUUUACAAAGUUCUCACGUAAAAGAAAAACCUCAUGAAAUUGAAGGCUUAAUUUCAAAGUCGGGAAAAAUUUUAUCGGUUAAUUGUUCGUGUAAGGCUGGUAAGGGCGCAAAAUAAACACGUGAUGGCUGCUUUAUUAUAUUGCUACCGGAAAGGGGAUCAGCUUGAAGUUUUAUCUUGUACUGAUAAAAAAUGUGAAUGGAAAAAUAAGCAAGAUCGUAUUCUAAAAGAAUAUAAUUCGACCCCGAUUCACCAACAUGCUUGUUUUUCCAAGGUGAAACGUAAGUGCCAAAGUAACCAAGAUGCGAGAAAUGACCCAGUAACUGUUAAUAAUUCUGUAAGUGAACAAGAUUAUAAUGAAGACCUUGAUGAAGUUCACGAAGGUGAAGUCUUUGAAGAAGUGGUAUCUACCAGUGCUAUAAAACGAAAGUAUCCAGGAUGGAGCACCGUAAAAAGUCUUACUGAGGAUCAGAGAAUGCUCAUAGUUGAGAAAGUUCAGGCUAAAUUGAAAGACUCGGCGUUUGUUAAACAUUAGUAAAAAACAUGGUAACAUGGUGUACAUAAUGAUUUGUUUAUAAAAGCUUAUAUUUUAAUAGUUUUUGGAUAAUUUUUCAGUGUUGGAAGGCAUGAACCCAUUGUAAUUGAUCGUAAUCAAAAUCUCGACGUUUCUGAUAUGGAAAAGCAACAACUGAAGGUGAUAUUUACGUUACAACGAAAUGAAUUGAUGGAAGAUAUUAAAAGUAUGAAAAUCACUUAUUUAUACGAAUGCUGUAUAGACACUAUCAAAGACUUGUACUGUAAUUAUGAAGAAGUUUGUGUAAAAACUAAA